ACACCACCCUACGCUUUGUUAUUUAACCACCACUUGCGCUGUUUGCCCGUAAGAAGUGCAGUGGACACAGAACCGGGCGAAGCCCCUGAGUCAUGACGUGCUUUGGUGUUUAUUUCGCUAGAUCUUUCUUUUUCUUCCAUCGUUCGAAUCGAUCAGCAUUUGCACCAUGGACUUGAGCAACAGCGAGGAGAUCACCUUGAACAUCAACAAGGAAUAUGCCGAGAAAUACGAAGCAACCAAACGGAACCAAGAACUGUCAGCCAUUCGCGACAAGUAUGGCGACCUAGAAGAAAAAAACCUGGAAUUGAUUGCAGAACGCCAACACAAAUAUGGCUACACUAAGAACGCCGACUACGACUAUGAUUCGUGCGACUCUGAGGAAGACGAAGAGGAGGACGAGGACGGCGAGUUGAUCACGGCAGCAUUGGACGGUCAAAUCAUGAAAACUAUUGGCCUUAUUCGGGCUCAAGACCCUAAAAUCUAUGAGGCAACGAACCAUUUCUUCAUUCCGUCCGAGAUGGAAGAGGCCAGGAAGAGGUGGAAAGAAAAGCAGAAGGAGGAAAAGAAAAACAAGCCUAUGAACCUCAAAGAUUACCAUCGUAAAGUUUUGAUCGAGAACAACGGUAUAGUGAACGAGGAUGCGGAGGAUAAGAAGGUCUGGGAUGAGUCCAAGGUGACACACGUCGAGCAGCAGGAGCGCCUGAAAAAGGAAAUGAAGAGUGCGUUCCUUGGCGGUGGUGAUGAUGACGAUGGCGAUGAUUCGUUCUUUACGCAGAAGGCAAAGACAAAGGAAGAAGAAGAGGCCGAGGAAGAGGACUACAAGCGAUUUUUGAUGGAAAGCAUGGGCAGCAGCAAAGCAGGCACCAAUGCCUUUCAGGACUGGCGCGAAUACAAGAAUGCCCCCGAUAUGGACAAGGAUGAAGCUUUUUUGAUGGACUACAUUCUCAAUCGCGGCUGGAUCGACAAGUCCCAGAAAAAGACGCUGCAUUACAAGGAGAUCAUACGUGAAGAUGAGCUAGAUGAUCUUGAAAAUUCUGAGGACGAGCUUGAUGCAGCAGAAGAAUACGAAUCAAAGUAUAACUUCCGUUUCGAAGACGCUCAAGGUGAUUCUCUCGUCAGCUAUGCUCGAACGGUCGAUGACUCUGUGCGAAACAGGGACGACAGACGCAAGAAGCGCCGCCAGGCUGCCAAAGAGCGUAAGAAGGAGGAGAAGAUCAAGCAGCUGGAAGAGUUGAAGCGUGCCAAGAAUCUGAAGAAGCAGGAGAUUUUCAACAAGCUGAAGCAGAUUCAAGAAAUCACCGGCAACAAAACUGUCGGCUUUGAUGAGAUCGAUCUAGAGACAGAGUUCGACCCCGUAGACUAUGAUCAAAGGAUGGAGAACGUCUUCAGCGACAAGUACUAUGAGGGAGAUGAAAAUGCUAAGCCCGUAUUUGAGGAUGACAUCGACACCGCAGAUUACGAGCAGAGUAACAAUGAGGACUCUGAAGGCGAAGAGUACAAUGACGACGGCGAAGAAAAUGGGAAAGAGAACGAGGAAGAGUAUCCCGAAGACGAAAGCUAUUAUGGCUAUGACGAUGAAGGGUAUUGUGGCGGUAACGACGAAUAUUACAACGAGGAUUAUGGAGAGGAUGAAUGUCGCUAUGGCGACGAGGACGACGACAUCAUGAUGGACGCUGAUUAUCUUCCUGGAGGGGAGAAGUGUGGAGAGACACAAGGGAAGAAGAAGACCAAGGAGGAGCAAAGGAAAGGUCGCGCGGAUGGCACUAAGACAGCAGUUGCUGCGAUUGAGGCUGCCAGGAGCACACUUGAUAUCGAGAAGGAGAAGAAGGACUUCAACGCCUAUCUGAACGAGUACUAUCAGCUGGAUUAUGAGGAUAUGGUUGGGGAUAUACCUACACGCUUCAAGUACCACAAAGUCAAGCCGGCGACGUUUGGCCUGACGCCCGUCGAGAUUCUGCUUGCAGAUGACAAAGACCUGAAUGAAUUUAUCUCGCUCAAAAAGUUUGCGCCCUAUCGUCGUCCUGAUUUGCAGGAUGAGGAUGCCCGAAAAUUCUCGAAAAAGAAACGAGUUCAAAUGUUCAGGCAUAAGCUCAAGACUCAAAUCCAGCAGCAGCGUCUCGAGCUGGAUAAAAAUUGGGAUCCAGCUCAGAGGCGAAAGAAGGAAAACGAGAGACGGAUGCGGGAGGAGGAGGAAGAAGCAUCCGCCAAGAAGAACCAAGAAAGGCAGAUGGAUAAAGACAAGCAAGAGGAGGGCAAGGACACUGGCAAGGGUAAGGGGAAGAAAAAGAAGAAGAACAAGAAACGCAAGGCUGUAGAGGAGCAUAACAGCGAGGCCGAGGCUCCCGUCAGGCAGGAGCAAAGUCAUUAUCAGAACGGCAGCAAAAAGAUCAAGAAAAACGAGCAGGAUGAGGACGUCAAAGUCAAGGCUAAGAUCAAGGAAGAGAAGAUGCAAGGAAAGAAAGAAAGGAAGGACGGCAAGAAGGAUAAGAAGGUCAAGGAGGGCAAGAGAGAAAAGGUGGACUAGGCCUUUUACAUAGUAAUAAACUUGGCAAUUUCACUUGUGAUUAUGUUAUUUUUUU